AAGAAGUCUUAUUAAUGGCCCGUCUGUGCCGAUUUGCGUUGUUCGCGUCGAACCACUUCGACGCUCGCCGUUGACCUGUCUUCAUAUCGCACCAUCCAUCUUCAUCAAGCAAACGAUAAAAGUCAUCAUAUUAUCACUCUUUUUUCACGAUUUUACGAACAGCCUCUGUGGAGGACAUGCCCAUAGUCACUGCGCUGCGUUGAUAUCACAUCUCGUUGCAUGUUUCAGUCGCAAAGUCGCCCGCCACACGUUAAAUAUCCCUUCAGUCCCUCACUUCGUCUGAGGUACCCUACAUGGAUGCCUUGUAAUUUCGUUUCAACAUCCACGCCUUUCAGACGCCGCUUUGAUCUGUUUCCGCGCCUUUCUCCACUCAAUUCGCGAGGUCAUCUUCGCUUGGGGAACCCUAACAAUAUUUUCGUUCCCAUGAUCUUCAUCGUAUUUGAUAAUUACGCAUAUGAACUUGGAGUCAAAACUGUGCUCGCAGGCAUCCUCGCCUUGCUACUCGGUCUCCUUGGAUUUAUUAUUAGUAUAUUUGCUCUCGGAGUAGUCUGGAUGAUCCCUGCGAUGAGGACGCAGACUCCUCCCUACCGACAACCGAACCAUCGUCAUCCACUCCAUCGCAGUCCGAAGAAGAUCCUUGGUCUUGUGUUGACUUCCUCUCCAGAACCUAUACUCCAGGCACUACCCCCACUACCUCCUGGGUCCAAGACUCCUUCCCUUCGGCGAGCAGCGUCGUUUCCCGACCUGCAUAAAACGCCUUCUUCCGAGGACCGACCCCCCGUGACAUCGAGGCAUGUUUCUUUCAAUGUCAAAACUCCGGAAUCAUACGAUCCAAGUUUGGCGAGGUCCGUCAGCAUGAACCCAUCCCCGACGUCACCGACAAUUCAGCGUCGUUGGCCACCUGCAAUGUCUCCGUUCUCCAAGCGCAGAUCGUCACGAGGGGAAUCUGCUCCAUGCUCACCCAUUGCACGGGAUGAAAGUGAUACCAUCGCGUAUAAUAAUAGGUCGCCCACGUCGAAGAGUACCCACAUACAUGACCUUCCACUCAAGUGUCUUGAUGAACGUUGUGAAUGCCGCGGUCGCCGAAAUAGUGUAGGCUGUGAUGAACAUGGCAUGAUGAACCGACCUCAAUUGGACUCUCUUUCCGAAGGGACAGCUUCUACGCGCUCGUCGAAGACUAUAUCUUUGCGGUUACCCUCUGUUCGGAAACCCUCCAGCGCAAGGCGUCGUCCCACAAGCGUUCCACCGCGCAUGCCUGUUGUGAUUAAUGUCAGCGAGAAGGAGCAGUCUCAACAGCAUAAUCAUACAGCCGGGUCCCCCGUGAGGUCGUUGCCGUCGCCUCCCUUUUCGACGUCCGGUGAAACGUAUCGUGCAGAGUUCGUGAGUCCUUUCCGGACGAAGAAAUCAAAGAUUACCCCCAAGCUUGAGACUUCAAAAUCCAGUCGCAGGUCGAGGUUCUCAUUCUCUGGUCCAUGGUCAAGUCCCAAGCUUGCGGGUUUGCCGCCUGACUCAGCCCCUUCUGCGACAUCGUCAACUUCUAUUUUUCCGAACUCGCCGUCUGCACUUCGUAGGACAUUCGCGAACCACCUCACUCCUUUGUUCAAGUCCCCCACUCUCAGUUCUCCUUCUUCGAGCUUGGAGUCCCCCGUACCUUCACCACAGCUACCGGUGACCGUGCCGAAGUCAACGAGCAAGUAUUCCUUGCGGUCUGUCCCUCGCACGCAACCAUACGGUCCUCCUUGGAAUGCUGUGAUGCCAGGGCAAGCUCACGAUCUGGUCAAUGGCAGUCUAGAUGACGUUCUUAUCAAGAAACCAAUUCGCAGAAGAUCUCAAGGGACCGAGGGCCGUCGGGGGUUCAAGUCGCACUCUCGCACCCUUGCGCCGAUAGACGCCUCCGAGGGCGAAAACCUACCUGAUAAUCUUGUGGACGAGCUAGGUCAGCGACUAUCGGGAUUGAUGAACUCCGAGGAUGCUAUGUCAGGCGCUACUGCCGAGGUAGUUUUGAGAACACCUCCGACUUUGACUUCCGUCGGUGAGCCCGCGAGGCGUGAGUCCGCUACAUUGUGGACGAUUGCAAGGCUUGAACAAGCUGUUGGCGUCCCAUCAGAGUAUAGCUAACUUCAUUUGUCAUUUAAUCUGUGGUGAGUGCUUGUAUGUUGCUUUUUGAAGAGUUAAUAUACUAAAGAUUCCAUUGUCAGAUUUUUUCAUGUCAGGGCAAUC